AUGAAAACCAAGCACGGCUGGUGUCUGAGAGUGCUCGUCAUCCUCUCUUUGUUUUUCGUUCAAUAUGUCUACAGCGCUUCCAACAUCACCAUCAAGGGCACCGAAUUUGUAGAUGACGUUGGAAGGAUUGUGGUGCUGCGAGGACUCAACCUGCCCAUCAAUGCCAAGAUGGCGCCUUUCACGCCUCUGAACGACAAAAAAUCCCUGAGCAGGCUGCAGACGCUGCCACUCUAUGGGACAUCAAUCGCACGUGUGCUCUUCACAUGGGAGGCCUUUGAGCCUGAGCGGGGUCAAUACAACAUGGACUACCUCAAUUACUACCUCACUUUGGUUGAGACGCUCUACAGUCAGGGCAUCCUCACCAUGGUGGAUAUGCACCAGGACUUCUACUCGCGCUGGCUGAACUUGGGCUGUGGGGAGGGCUUUCCCAGAUGGGCCAUUUUGGUGGAUCCCAUUUUGCAGAAGAAUCCCUUCAAUGGCCCACGAUGUGUUGCCUGGAUCCUGCAGGGUCCCUUUGAUGUGGCCGGCAAACUCAAUUGGAAGUUGUUUUAUGCCGGGGAGAACGGCGUUCGCGACAGGUUCCUGGACAUGUGGGAAUACCUGGCAAAGACAUUUGCCGACAACCCAGCUGUCAUUGGCUAUGACAUUUUGAAUGAGCCGUAUGGAGAUGAAGUGAGCGAGAUUGGGCCCUUGUAUGAGGAUGCUGCCAAGAGGAUACGAAAGCAUGACCAGAAAGCCAUACUGUUCAUAGAGCCCCAGAUUUACAAGGGAGCUGGCAGCAAAACAAACCUGCCUCAGCCCACCUUCGACAAUUAUGCGGUGGCCUUUCAUUACUAUGGGCAGACAAGGGACCCCCACAAGAUCAUUGUGUCUUCCUUUGAAGAGGCCCUCACCAUCUGGACAAAUCAGACUGAGGCAUGGGACGUGCCCAUGUUCUUUGGCGAGUUUGGUGCCAAUACUGACAAGAACCCAGACAACGAUGACUUCCAGGCGCCCAACUACAUCUCCAUGUUCUAUGAUGAGCUGGACGCGCGGCUGCUGGGGGGCACCCAGUGGGGUUGGACCGAUGACUACAACGACAGGACCAGAGAUGGCUGGAACAAUGAGAACUUCUCAAUCGUGGACGCCCGCAGGAACCUGCGCUCAAACUUCGCCGUGCGGCCCUACCCCAAAGCCAUCGCUGGCAUCCCCGGCCAAUUCAAGGUGGAUUCCAUUGAGAAGGUGAUGGAGCUGAGCUGGGAGGUGACUGCUGCCACGCUGGCAGCCGGGGCAGCCAGCGGCGGCAGAGGCGCCACGACCGUCCUCUUUGCGCCAGUCCAAGGAUUCUUCGCUGUGCCACAUGCCAACCAGUUGGACAUCCAGGUGACACCGGCGACUGGUUUGACAUGCAGCUACUCAGCGGACUGGCUCACCUUUAGCUGCCUGGCCAGCCAAGCCGGUGGCUACACUCUGGUCAUACAGCCACAGCAAAUAGCGUGAGAUGCGCGCACAACAGACACAGUGCAGCCACGGAGGCUUGGCCACAAAUAUCAAAAGUGGCUAGCUGGUCUCCCUUGGGAGCAGAAUGAGCAAUGCAAGGGUCUGUGGGGAGCACAUACAGAAUUCGAUCACUGACUUAGCAUAGUGAUCUUGAAGGUGGUACGACAGCCAUUUUGUGAGGAGAGUUGCAUGAUUGUCAGACUGUCCACAUGGGGAAGCAGGCUGAUCAUGGCACUAGUCAAUUGCCAUGCUCCCUGUGAUGAGGAGCCCUCAUUGAGGGCAGUGCUGCUGUCAAGGAGUGACAAUGAAGUAUCAUUUAGUUUUGGACCGGUAGAACACUGAAGAAUUGUUAGUCAACAUGGUUACACUGUAGCGGCUGGCAGCGCUAGCGCAUGCUGGCAUGACAUUCAGUUGGCAUUGGCUGAUCAGCUCAUGCUAGCAGCUGGCUUGCGCGAGCUAAUAGCAGCUCAUGCUGGCAGCUGAUGCCAUCUGACAUCUGAUCGAUGAUUGCACCUGCAAUUGAGAUUGCCAGUGCACCUCAUCAUCCAAUUGUGUGGUCCCACAAUACCCCACUAGUGUCACGACCGCGCGCAAUAGCUUGUGAUGUUGUUGACGAGCACUUGUGGCACUGCCAGUGCAAGUGACUAUGUCAGUGACGAUAGUCACCAUAACAGUGGUCCCACAAGAUUUAAUUGUUUAUUAC